CCGGAGAGAAUCCCCAGCGCGCUCCUACUACCGGCCCACGUGCGUGCGCCGGGAGGCCGGACGGCGGAGCGCGAGCCGGAGGCCCGGCGGGAAGGCGCAGGGGGCGGCCGGCAGCGGGGAGCGCGCAGCGCGCGGGGAGGAGGCGGCGGGGCUUCCCCGGGCUUCCCUCCCGGGCCGCGGGCCCCCGGCGCGGGCCCAGGGCGCGGAGGCGGCGCGCGGGAGCGGGGAGUCCCCGAGGCGCCCCUCGCUGGGCGCGGGGACGCAGCGCCGGAGCGCCGGGGCCCGCGGAGGGGGGUGGCGCUGGUUCCUCCCCACCGCCCCCGCCCCCGCCCGGCUCCCGCCUCCCGCCCCCGCCCGCGGCCUGGAGCGCCUCCCUCGCGCCCCGGGUCUGGCGAGCCGGCGCCGGCCGAGCUGCGGGAGUCGCCGAGAGCACCAGCUGCCGCCGCCCCGGAGCUGCUCCGGCCGCACCAUGCGGGAACUGGCCAUCGAGAUCGGCGUUCGAGCCCUGCUCUUCGGGGUCUUCGUGGACCCUGGGCGCGGAAGGACCCGCGCGCGCCGGGCUGAACGUUGCUCCUGCCACCCCAUCGUGUCGGGGAGCGGUCCCGCCGCCACAGGGGUCCCCACGCCUGCGCCUGUCGCCGGCUCCGCAGCCCUGCGCGGGACUCAGGGCUGCUCCCCUGGACGCGGGCACUCACUCGCGCCCGCAUCCUGGGCAAGUUGCUCCUUGUGUGCGUUUGCAGGCUUCGCCCCUGGCCCAUCGCCUGUCGUCCCGUGCCGUGCCCAGGCCCGGUCUCGGUCUCCUUCCGUGUCCCUGGCUUUGGCCCCCCCCCAGGUCCUG